UACCCGUCCCUUCGUCCUUUCUUUAAUACUUCAUUUUAAUCCGUUAUUCUGGUGCUCUGCAUUCCAUACAUUCUUCCCCCUGAUCUGUCCAUCCUCAUUAUCUCUCCAUCUCUUCGUUUCUCUCCCCCUUCCAGUCAUCCACUCAUUCACACAUCCACCACAAAAUGACGGUCAUUUGGGGUUUGGAUCUCAAAGAGAUCCAAUGGAGCAAAUUCAAGAGCUCCAACAUGUUCAACCGCAUCUACCAUCUCCGCCGCACGAAAAUGAUCGUCUACCAGCUGGCCAUGAUCCUGUGUGUGUGCUCCGAGUCAACGGGGACGGCUGCGUUGUCUGACUACGUCGACCAACAGAACUACAUCGAAAGCCAUCAUCCGGGCGUCUCCGUCCACAAUAACGACUUCAUCGGCGCCGCAUCCUACAACAUUUUCGUGGGCGUUGCCGUCGCCACCAUCUUCGGGGCCGCUUUUUUCUUCGAUCUUUUCUGGCCCGAACGACACGAGAGCAAUUCCGUCCGCCUGGCGUGGAAGAUCUGCGGCGUGGUGGUUGCGAUCAUGAUGUUGAGCUCCGCGUUGACCAUGACGAUCAUCACCGCGACAAGCAGCGUCAAGGUCACCGGCACGGAUGCGGCCGGCGCCCGCGAGUUUUGGUCCGAGUCGUCCAAAAAGCCUGCUUUCGUGUACCGCAAGAACCCCAAAGCUAUUGCCUCGGUGGUUCUCGCGUGGCCCGGCUGGGUAGCCACCGUCGCCAGUGCCGUUAUCCUGAUUGUCUCCCACACGCACGACGACGUCCACGGCCCCAAGUCCAACUACGGUCGCCGAAUGGAAGGUGAAAAGGUCCCUGAGCCGGAAGUCACCGGGGAUGGACUUAAUAAUCGGACUCUGAGGGAGUAAACAGCCUCCCAGUAUGAAAAAAAAACACAAGCACAUAUUCAUGAUCUGUCACGACUCAUUCAGGGAAUUAUUCUGGGGUAAUCGGCAAUCGGGAUUCUGUAUAGAUAGGGCGUUUGUAUGGGUGUCUUUUGGUUAUUGCUAGGCGGAUAUGAAACGGGAAACCCGGAUGACGACUUUCCUUUGUUCCACUUGCUGGGGGUUUUUAACUUUCGUGUGUACUAUACUUAUUUAUUACCCCGCACAGCGGUUACUAUAGAGAAUACGAUUAACUAAUGACUCGAC